UUAUUUUUUUUGACGUGUUCACUACAUUUAUCAUUUAGCAUACAAAACUACAAAAUUUGAAACUGUUCAAUACGUAAUAGACCAGCUACCAUAGCCUAAGAAGGGACUAUGCUAUGGUAGAUUGCUUGUGAAAACGGUUGGCUAGUUGACAAAAUUUUGGUUUAACAUGGGGGCCACCGGUCAAAAGCGUAAGCUCAGCUUAAAGGAUAUAUGCAAACUAAUACGUCUUUAUCGAGCCAAUGAUUGCCUAUGGAAUCCCAAAUCGUCCAGCUUUCGGAAUUUGGAGAUGAAAGAGAGAGCCUGGCAACGCAUUUCCCAUUUAUUCAAUAACGGAUUAAGCGCCGAUGCAAUUAAAUUGCAAAUAUUAUCGUUACGUUAUUAUUUUGCAACCGAAAUGUUAGCCAUCAAACGUUGCAAACUGGGAGGAUAUCCGCAUGUGCCGAAGCAGCCUUAUUUCAAAGAACUGCAGUUUCUCAAGGAUGCGAUAGAGCCCAGUGUUAGUGCUAAGGCUAUUGAGUCAGAGGUGCAGGAUCAAAUCAAUUGCAUUGUUGAGGAUGCCUUUCUGUUGAGCAACAGCGAGAGCAGCAUUCACAGCGAGCAAGUUGAUUUUCAUAUCCCGUCAUCAAAUGAAUAUACCUUUGCAAAUCCUGGGCUACAAUCGCACGAUUCAGAACCCAGGCAGUUACUUUUGCCGCCGUACGAUAUGGAUGCAACGAUACUGCUGCCAAUACGUUGUGAAUCCGGCUGCGAUCGCUGGCAACAGGCAAGCUACUAUGAGGAUGAAGAUGAGAACUAUGUAAGACGACCAAGUGGAUCAGAAAAUCCAAACGAACGGAAUCAAAUUUAUGGCUAUUACAGCAGUCAAAGUGUCAACAAUGAACAUUGUAGUCGAAAUCGUAAUAGCCAAUGGGCUCUAGCGUAUGCACCCCAAAUGAAUGCCGAUUAUAGUAAUACAUUAAAUACGAAUAUGUAUGCCGAAGUCACCUAUCCGAAAUGCGCUUGUGCACCCAAGAAAAAAGUGCUCACGGGUCGAUACAAAAUCAAGUCGAAAUCAACAGACGGCUAUUACGAUGGUGAGGGCUUUCAAAGAUUUGUAGAACCCAUUGCGCAGAGGUUACAAUUCAGAUGUACUAAUGAUGCCAACUAUAAUACUUCAAGUGAUUAUCAUCGUGAGAGAUGCUAUCGCAAUGUCAGCCGGCACACAUCGGGUGAUGAGCAGUUAACGCCAUGUAAUAAGUGUGUUGGUGUCAAUUGUCAAAUCAAUUAUGGAACUUAUCCGCCACUGGAGGCUGAUUCGGCUGGUUAUGAUGCCUAUCCGCAGAAAGAUUAUGGAGCCGUUUGUGGCUAUAAUCGAAAUAACCGACAAAUGACAGACAAGGCGAAUGAUCCAUUAGCAGACGAUGAACCGGAAGCUUUUGUAGGAAUAUGCAAUGAAAGCAAUUGCCCUAAAUCACAAUUCUAUAAGCAAGCAGCCCAAAAUUUGGAAAAUAAUGAUUAUCAGAAUGACAGAGUACCUGCUCAAAUCAAGCAUAGACCCUGUGACGACAAUCCUGAUUAUGGCGACGAACAAUACUGCAGAAAUAAUCCAGAAAUGCAAGAUCGUGAGUGUGAGCCGACUGGGAAAUGUAGGAUUGGUCGACAAGACUUGUCUAAAGCUACACCAGCAGAUGACUCGGCACGGCAAACCUCAUCUAAUCGGCCAGGAAAUCAGCGUUCAAAGAAAAAGUACUGUACGAAUGAUAAAGAGAGACUAAGGAGUCUUAAUAAUGAGAACGUGAUACUCUGUCCGUCAUCAAAGCAGCCACAAGUUGAAAAUGAUGAGUCUAAUAGGCCGAUGCAACAAACUGGAGAACCUGGCUUUGAAGCUAAACAAGCUAGAAGCCCGCGUCGUUACCGUGAUGAGGAAAAUACCUCAACACCAAAGCGUCAAUCACUGGACACUGCACGGACUAGGGAGGACAAUAAUUCACUUCCACAAACAACGGCCCAAAAAAGUCGUAGGAACAGUGCUCAGCAGCAACAGACUUAUUCAAUGGAAACAGUACCUGAGGAUGCUCAGCAAGGGAAGUUUGACACAAUGUCUAAUGAUUCCAGAGGUGAUAAACUAUUACUUGAACCAAGUAAUAGGCAACAAUCAGAACCGGAGUACGAUCGCAGCCGAGACAACAAAGGAAUAAGCGGUGAAGAAUACAAACUAAAUCAUUCUCAAAGACAACGUGAAAAUAUUUGUAGAUGCUCGAAUUAUCAAUCGGGAAGGAGUACUCGAAAAAAUCAAAAUUAUACUUCAUAUCCAGUAAGUAAUACCCAAAGGAAUUACUAUGAAGUAGAUGCAGAUUAUGAUCGUGUCAACGGUCGAAGCCGCCAGGAAGAUUACAGAGAAAUCCGAGCAUAUAAUCCUGAUACUCCUGAAAGGUUCCAGAGUGAUCGUAGUAACGUCCGCAGUCGAAGCAAUGAUAAUAAUCGUCCUAGAUCUCCAACAACUGAUAAUUAUAGAAAUAUGCCAGAGUAUGAUUCUGAUAUGCCUGACAGAUUUCAGACUGGUUCAAGGAACGACGGUAGACGAACUGAUGAUAAGUAUCGUUCCAGACCUCUAACAAAUGAGAAUUAUAGAGAUAGGCCAGAGUAUAAUUUUGAUACGCGUGAGAGAAUGCAGACUGGUUCUAGAAAUGAUGGUAGACGAACCGAUAGUAAUAAUCGUUCAAGAGCUUUAAGAAAUGAGAUUUAUGGAGAUAUAACUGAGUAUGAUCCUAACAUGCCUGAGGCCGGAGAAAGAAAGUAUACCUAUUGUUACAGUGGUAAAUACGAUCAUGCUAAAGAAUCAGCAUAUACAUCUCCUAUAUAUAAUAAUGACGUUAUUGACGACGAUGAGUAUAAUGCAUGCGUUCGGCAAUGUUUACCUAAAAAAUAUCAAAGCACUGACUAUAAUCGCAAAGCCUAUAACGAUGACAAUGUGCCGACUGUUCAAGAAAACUUCAGGGGAAAUGGUAAUUCGAAUCUGAAAUAUGAGGCCGAAGAGAAUGGCUAUGAAAGACAACAGGGAAAUCGAAUCGAUGAGUAUACUGCCUGUAAUUCUGAAUGUCCGGUUCAUCAGGAGAAUUCAAGGUACACUCGAACGUAUCAAAAUGAAGAACCGGACUAUCAGAAUCAACAGGCACCUCAAGAUAAUCUGUAUGUGGCUUGCCAUUCCGAAUGUCCGUUUCGCCAGGAGGGGUCCAGGUACCAAGAUUGUAACUCUCGAAAAUAUCAGAGGGGAGGAAAUAACUAUGAUAAUGAUCAGAAGAUUCGAGCUGAGGAGUAUGCAACAAGUCCGUCUAAUCAAUAUAAGGAAGACUAUGGAAAAACAUAUGAGAACUUUAAUAAUCAAAACGACGUUAAUCAGGAUUGCCAAUGUGAAGAAAGUCUGCUACCUGUACAUAACCAGAGCACAGUGGAGCACAUUACAGAUGACAUCAAUGUGAUUCGGUACAUUGAUUGUAUACCAGAGAAAUGUCCGGCUCAACAGGCAAAUUUAGGAAAUACUGUGGAAGAAAUGCUAGAUUGCGAAUGUCCCACAGACGAGGAAGAACUACAGAAAUCAAAAGCCGACCAAGCUGAAGUGUUUAAGACGAACAUAGUUUGUCAGUGCGAGGCAGCCGUUGAGACUGAUCUUGAUAUGUCCUUACAUGAUAGAAAUACUCCACGAAAAGAAAGUGCAUGUGAAUGUCCCGAAGCAGCCGUAAAUGCGACAGUGGUGUCGCAAAACGGAAUUGAGGAGAAAAAUUACAAAUCAAAUGACGGCAGUCCGCUAAAUCAAAAGCCCCGCCCACCAAAGGUGAUCAGAAGAAAGAUUUGUUCAUGCAAGCAGGCUGUUUUAUUCAAAAAUAAAAACCUUAAAUCGACAAAUGGAGGGACAAAACCUGAGACUUCUAAGCAAAGAUCUAGCUCACCGGCGGGUACGAAAUCUCGUCCAUCUAGCAAACGUCAAAGUCGUGUGGAGGAUGAUAACUUAAGCAAAUUCCAGGGUCACGGCGGCCAACGAUGCAAUCAAAUUUUUGGAAUACAUAACGGCGGCAAGAACAUUAGUCUAGGUGCCAAAGAACACGGUUAUAGUAUACAGGAACAGACAGUUAUAUCUCAACCAUGCGAUGGCAUGUCCAUGAUAUGCUCAUUUGAAGUGCCAGCCAUAUUGGCGGAGAAGACAAUAGAUGUGCUGAGCAAUCACAUCGCUAGCAACGCGCCGCCAGACGUUGAUGUGAAGCCUGCAGGCUCACGCAGGAGUUUGCCAGGAGAAAUGCCACCGAAGAAUGGCGGAUCUGGUACUGAGACGUCAAACUUAGGCUGUCGGUAUAGAAGUAAUCCAUUUUUAAAACUCAACUACGAGGUCUCCAAAGGCAAUAUAAUUGUAUGGCAUCCUCCGGCCCAAGGCUUUCGAGCUUCGAAGAAUUCGUUCAGCAUGAAGGAUUGUAAGAUUGACAAUAGCCAAGCUUCAAAGUUGGAUAAAUCAACCCCACCAUUACCAACCAGAUAGAAAUACGAUCAGCAAUGCCAACCGAAAGCCCAAUCUAAACAUAGCUUCAGUUCCUUUACACAUAUCACAACCACAACCCAACCAAACAUAAAAUGUUAUUCAACAACUAAAAAAAA